CGUACGGUGUACAACUCGUCGUGUACGAUAGAGACUAAUGUUUGCCGGUUAAACUGUUCUUUUCCGGUACGUUUCGCCGUGUCCGCGUGUCGAUUACGUUUUAUCGUUGCAUCAUUAACGCGGAACCGCCAUGAACACCGUCACAGGCGGAACCCAAUCUCACGGUAUUUUCCACAAAAUGUUAGAUUAUUCCAUUCGAACGUUUGGAGCGCCUUAAACGGAUCCCCGAGGAUCCAAAGGACGUGCUGCGGAGCUGAUCCCGUCGGGACGUAAGAUUGGUGGCCAGACGCGGACGCCGUAGUCGAUGUCCGCGGAAGACGCAACGGCGGCCGGAGCGGGUCGGGAGGCCGUGGACGACGACGCGACCGUGGCCGACCUGAGGCUGUUCAGGGCCAUCGGGCUGUACCAGAUGCUGAACCCGUCGGACAGGCGGUCGGGCGAUAGGCUGCGGCUAGCGUACAGGGCGGGGGUGGCGCUGGCGUUCGCGCUGCAGUCGGUGCAGAUCGUCGGGCUGUUCUUCACGCUCAACGACCUGCGGCGGUUCGCGUACAUGACCGUGAUGGUGUUCAACGGGCUGAUGUGCGUGCUCAAGGGCCACGUGCUGGUGAUGAAAGCGGACCAGCUGUGGGCCGUGUUGGACGUGGCCCGGUACCGGUACACGGUGUGCGGGGCGCGCGACCCGUCCGCGCUGCACCGGUGCCGGGCCACGCUGGCCGUGCUGCUGCGCACGUUCGCCGUGCUCAGCUUCAGCACGCUGAUCAUCUGGAGCACCAUGCCGCUGUUCAUGGACCCGUACGUGCCGAUCACCAAGCCGGACGGCACCGUGGGCCAGUACCGCACCACCAUCGACAACCUGUGGUUCCCGGCCAUGACCGAGUCCGUGUACAACUACACGCCCGUCUGGGCGUUCAUCUACUCCAUGGAGGUAUUCAUAUGCACGUUCAACGUCAUCAGCUGGCUUCUGUUCGACAGCUGCAUGGUCACCAUGUGCUUCGUGCUCAACGCCCAGUUCCGCACCAUGGCCGCCGGAUACGAGUCGCUGGGCCGGCACCGCGACCGCCGCCGCAUCCGGCUCCGAGCCCCGUCCACCAGCCCCGGCCGUAUUCGUCCUGCAGAAAAUCGCGACACCGAAUUGACUUUCAUCGAUGACUUAAUCAUUCACAUAAACGACAAUCAAAAUAUCAUAAAUAAAUUCGAUGACUUCUUCAACAUCGUUCAGCCGGUGGUUUUAGCCCAAAUAGCCACUAGUUCGAACUCAGUAGUGGGUUUGAUAUUUCUCAUCGCACUGUUGUACGUCAUGGGUUGGUCAAUUGUAUCAGCGCCGAUUAUGAAGUUCAUGUCCGGCCUUGCAUCGCUCUUGAUCGAACUCUACAUUUAUUGUUACGCAUUCAAUUACAUCGAAAUUGCGAAAUCUCAGGUGAAUCUCGGACUGUACGGUAGUAACUGGACCGUUAUGGAUUUAAAGUUCAAGAAAACUUUGCUUCUGGCCAUGAACAUGAAUUCAUCCCAUAAUCGAAUGAUGAAAGUAUCACCGACCUCCAUUAUAAAUCUGGAAAUGUUUUCUAGGGUGAUGAACAUGUCAUAUUCGAUAGUGUCCAUUUUACUGAACUCCAGCGCACCGGACACGUGAAUAUUUUAUUCGAUUAACAAGUAGAACGCGAUGGAUGAAAAUUGACUAAACACGUCUAGCCGAUUUUCAAUAAUCGAGAAUAAUAUUGUACUGUACACUUUGGUCGCCUUUGUAAGAAGAGCGAACACGUGCACUUGACUAGAAUAUUUAAACAUACACCUAAUAGUUAUAGUUGUGAAAAAUGUACCACUAACCUA